AUGGCUCAAGAAUUCAAACUUAAGGACAUCACCACGCUGUCCAACCUCCAGAACUGCGACAAGCAAGAAGCUGAAGUUGAGGGCAUUGAUGGUGGAAAGGUCCUGGUCGUCAAGGUGAAUGAUCAAGUACAUGCUCUCAAUGCAAACUGCACACAUUUCGGUGCUCCUCUAAAGAACGGUGUCGUCUCUCCAGAAGGCAGGAUUACAUGUCCCUGGCACGGAGCGCCGGAUCAUCUACACAGGUUCGACGUUGUCGAAAAGGAUGGUGCAGUCUAUAUCAAAGGCUCGGCAGAGAACGUGAAGGCAGGACGACGCAAGCCUACCUUUAAUGUCAAGUCCUCCGGUUCCGAGAAGGUGGUCAUUGUGGGAGGUGGAUCCGGCACUUUCGGUGCUGUGCAGAAGCUGAGAGAGCAUGGUUUUAACGGCAGUAUCACCGUCAUCUCGAACGAGGGCCUUCCUAUUGAUCGAACAAAGCUCUCGAAAGCCCUCAUUACCGAUCCAUCGAAAGUUCACAUAAGAGAUGAGCAGUGGUACAAAGAUGCGGAUAUUGCUUUCGCUAAAGAUACUGCAACCAGCAUCGACUUCAAGAGUAAGAGUGUGUCCACAAAGUCCGGUUCUUCAUAUCCUUACACAAAACUCAUCCUGGCCUCCGGCGGUACACCAAAGAGUCUGCCCCUGCCCGGCUUCAAGGAUCAGAGCAACAUCUUCCUGCUACGACACAUCACAGAUACAAGAGCAAUCAUGGACGCUGUAGGAGACAAGGGAAAGAAGAUCGUCGUCAUUGGAUCAUCAUACAUUGGCAUGGAAGUUGCAAACUAUCUAUGCAAAGAGAACGACGUUACAGUCGUUGGCAUGGAAUCUACACCACUAGAAAGAGUCAUGGGUUCAAAGGUUGGUUCGAUCUUCCAGAGGAUCGUCGAGAAGAACGGCGUCAAAUUCUACAUGGGUGCCUCGGUCGAUUCAGCCGUGCCAAAAUCGCAACUUGCCAAUGCUGUGGGCCUCAGCUCUGUGGGCGGUGUCAAGCUGAAGGACGGCACUGUGCUAGAUGCUGAUCUUGUCAUCCUUGGUGUUGGUGUCCAGCCAGGCACAGAAUACCUCAAGGAUAACAACGACAUCCAGCUUGAAGAGGACGGCAGUGUCGGCGUGGAUGAGAACUUUGCUGUCAAGGGCAUGAAAGACGUCUAUGCCCUUGGCGACAUCGCAACAUACCCAUACCACGGUCCAGGUGGAAAUGGCAAGCCAGUACGCAUUGAGCACUGGAACGUAGCUCAGAAUAUGGGCCGCAGUGUUGGUCAACGAAUUGCUAAGCCAGAUCAGGAACAACAUCCAUUUGUUCCUGUUUUCUGGUCAGCACUGGGCUCUCAGUUACGGUACUGCGGGCAUACACCAGAUGGCUUCGAUGAUGUCAUAGUUACUGGUGAGCCUGAUGCUGACCAGCCGAAAUUUGUGGCAUUCUACACAAAGGGUGAGGACGUUGUCGCUGUGGCAAGCAUGUCGAAGGACCCUGCCAUGACAAAGGCUGCUGAAUUAAUGAGAGCUGGCAAGAUGCUUACCAGGAGUGAUCUGAAGAGUGGUAAGGAUUUGCUGCAAGCGAACCUGUGA